ACGUCACGACCGCCUGACUUGUUGUUAAUGGUCAACAACAUGGCUUCCGUGGCUGUGGUGGAAGCCUCUUUAGGUAAAGAUGUUCUCGCAGAAGGAUUGUUGGACCUUCUCAAACCAGCUAUCCAGCAGCUCGAUCUGCACGUGCACUCAGUCAGGGAAAGUCAGGUGGAAUUAAGAGAGCACAUAGAUAAUUUGGCCACAGAGUUGUGCAGGAUAAAUGAGCACCAGAAGGUGACCCUCGACCUGGACCCAUAUGUGAAGAAGCUGUUGAACGCCAGGCGGAGAGUGGUGUUGGUGAACAACAUCCUGCAGAACGCUCAGGAACGUCUGAGGAGACUCAACCACAACGUGGCCAAGGAGACGGCACGAAGGAAGACCAUGCUGGAAGCCUCGGGGGUGUUUGCCUCCCGCUCUCCUAGUAAACCCUGAACCCUGCCCCCAGGAAACCCUGAUGCAGUCUUCCUUCAAUUUGCAGAAAUGUUUUUUGCUAACUUUUUAUUUAAUGUUUUGUUGCUUUUACCUAUAACCACCCACAAUAUAGUUACUUAGAGUGUUACGGGUGUUUACCUACGAGCGCUUUAGACAGACGGCAGAUGGAUGGAGGUAGGCUGUCUCCUCAAUUCAGAAAUUGGGUGGAACACUGAUCGGUGUGAUGCUAAAACCAAGCUGAGCUGUUGGUUCAUAGUUACAAUUUGUUGAAUCUCCAGGUUUGAAUGAUGCUCAUAUACAGUCAGCGUUUAGUGGGUUGGUUCUGUCACUUUACAUUCUGCUUGAGUUGGAAAAAGCAUCAGUAGUUUGUUUAUUUCUGAUUUAGUCAUUUAUGUAAUUCCUGAAUAAAGCUCCAUCAGGAGAUAGGUACUGAUUGGAAAUAUUUACAAAUUGUUGAUUCACAACUUUAUGUGAAUAAAUGUACUGAAAUGAAA